AUGGCGGCUGCAAGCGCCUGCAACAGCAGCGGUGGCAGCAGCGACACGUCCAGCACCGGCGAGGAGGAGCGUCUGCGGCGGCUCUUCCAGACGUGCGACGGCGACGGCGAUGGCUACAUCAGCAGGAAUGACUUGCUGAUGGUCUGCCGACAGCUGAAUAUGGAAGAGUCAGUGGCUGAGAUCAUGAACCAAUUGGGCUCAGAUGAAAACGGGAAGAUUUCUUUCCAAGACUUCACAAGGUGCCACACACAGCUUGUUAGAGAAAUUAGGAAGGAGGAAGGAGACCUCUCCAUGAAAUCAGACAAGUCCAGUACAAAGAAGCUGAGGGAAAGAAUCACCUCCUGGCCCACGAGCAGUGACAACAGUCUGGGUGCUUUGUCAGCAGCCAGGGAGAGCUGGGAGGAUGAUUCUGGUGCCAGGGAUCUCCAGAGCCCGGACUUGCAGAGCCAGCUGCCCCUCCAGAAGCUGCUGGAGUAUGGCGGAAGCUCUUUGCCUCAGCAGGCUGUGCUCCACAAGCUUCUCACACACUCCCCGAAUUUUGGCACCUCUACAGGCGGAAGCUAUCUAGAGCUGGCCAGCACCAUGAAUUGUGGCAGUUCAAAGUGGCAGCUGCAGGCUUGA